CUUCCCCUUUACCUUGUUCAUGCUUCGCAGCACGCAUGUCGGUGAGGCAACCUUUGACGCAACCAAGCGCGGGGAACUGGACCGGAAUUUAACUCGAAUUGUCGCAGCCCCAGAAUUCGACGACGUUUGCAUGGGCUCUGGAUCCUCGUGUUUCCUUUUUCUAAUUCAAAUUACGACCGCAAGGAGGUCGUUUCCGUCAUGUGACGCCGUGUUGUUGCUUUUUUCUGUUUCGUGUUGUUGUUGUUGUUGUUUUUUAGGAAGCAUGUAGCCAGCGGUCGAGGUGAGAUUCCUGCACAAUUUUACGAGGAGGUUUCUCUGGGAGAGUAGGAAUUGGCAAUGGCGGAGCUACUUUCGAGGGAGAUUCGGUAUCUGCAGCACCCGCCGCAUCAGCAGCAGCAGCAUCUGAAUCAUUUGGGGCAUGGAGGGAGUGGGCAGCGGCUGAUCGAGGAAUACAUUGUGACGCAGCAGAUAGGCUCUGGUAGCUUUGCGGUGGUGUGGAAGGGGCAUCACAACCAGUACCCAGCUCGUGAAGUGGCAAUUAAAGAGAUUGCUACGGAGAAGUUGAACAAAAAGCUGCAGGAAAGUCUGAGGAGCGAGAUUGCUAUCUUGCGGAAGACUGAUCACCCUAAUAUCAUUCGCUUGCACGAUAUUGUCGAGGGGCCGAACCGGAUAUAUCUUGUGUUGGAGUAUUGCGCAGGUGGUGAUUUGGCCGCUUACAUCCAGCGAUGUGGCAAGGUUAAUGAAGCCACUGCACGUAACUUCAUGCGGCAGCUGGGAGAUGGGUUGCGGGUGCUACGGAAUAACUAUUGGAUUCAUCGUGACCUCAAGCCGCAGAAUCUGUUGUUAUCUACAAAUGAUGAUAAUGCAGUGUUGAAGAUUGCGGACUUUGGAUUCGCCAGGUCUCUUAUGCCGCAGGGCAUGGCGGAGACCUUAUGUGGCACGCCUCUGUACAUGGCUCCAGAGAUCCUCCAAUCAAAGAAAUAUGACGCCAAGGCAGAUUUAUGGAGUGUGGGUGCUAUUCUAUUUCAGUUAGUGACUGGUCGGCCCCCUUUCAGUGGGAACAACCACGUUCAGCUCCUCCAAAAUAUUUUAAAGUCGCCAGAAGUGCGCUUUCCAGAGCCAAUUAUGGCCCAGCUACACCCUGAUUGCAUCGACAUGUGCCGCAAAUUGCUGCGUAAAGAUCCAGUUGAACGACUAGCUUUUGAGGAGUUUUUCGCGCACUCUUUUAUGGAAGAGAUGAGACCAAAGAAAGAGGAUGCUCAAGCAGGUGGGAGUCUUUCUGGAGGCACUGGUGGAAAAAGCGAAACUUCUCAGAAAGGUUGCUUCCCAUUUUUACUGGACGAUGAGCAACAAGGUUCUGUAUAUGGAAAAUUGUCCAGACCGCCUUUGUUCUCGCCAUUACCACCCAGCAGCUCAUUCCUUCCUUUUGGAAAGAAAUCAAAUGCAGGUCAUUCACCUCCAACUCGAACGGGCUUUCCAGUUACUAGAUUUCAUGACAACAGAUCGAGGAUCCUUAAUAGUGGUGCUGAAGAUAGUGCAGUUAUGGGUGGUGAUCACAGUUCUACCCAUUCCGGUUCUUCCACUGAAGGUGCUUUGGGAGAUUCUUUUGACACAAUUGAACGGGAGUAUGUUCUCGUCAAAGUCCCAAUAACUUCAACAGAUAACCUUGGGACGUCAUUAAGCACUUCCGAUGCUGGCGGAAUCCAGCUUUCGGGAAAAGGAAUCAGUAGUUUCCCUCACAGAGUACAUAAUCUAAACGUGGGCCCGACAAGUUCUGGAAGAGUUGGUAGUGGUGCCAGCUCUGGUUCGGUUUUAUCACAUAGCUCACAAGAAUUUGAAGCUCCUUCGCAGCAUCCACCUACUCGACUUUCCUCUUUACAGAUAUCUGCGCGGCUUAUUACAGAACUUGCCGUAGAUAAGAUGAACGUUGGGCUGAGGGUAGAGGCAUUUUCAAUUCAACUUGUGUGUUUAGCAAUCUGGAAGGAAGCACUUCGUGUGUGUCAAACCUGGGCUGAUUCUGAACACGUCGGCAGUAGUGGAGGAAAGGGUAGUUCAGAGGAUGUUGAAAGCCAGGACCGAUCUAUUGCAAAUACUUGCUCUUUCAUGGAACGGGAAUUCUCUUUUGCUGUUGAGCGGGCUGAAUCCUUAGCAGUGCACAUCAAUACUGGUGAUGUUGGUCGACGGAUUGCAACCUCUGCAGAAAUGCCAGAUGCUUUGGAGCUCAUAUUUCAAUCAGCUCUUGCCCUUGGCAAAGAGGGAGCGGUGGAUGAGCUCAUGGGGAGUAUGUCUAACGCAUCUUCUGCUUAUGAGAAGGCUGCUGCCCUUCUUUACUUCCUUGUAGUUGAGGCUGCAACAUUGCCAAUUCAGCCUCCUCUACUAUUGUCUGACAUUGACAGGCAUCGACUCCGUCGAUAUUACGAUAACAUUACUGCUCGCCAUCAUCAGUGUGCAGCCACUGCUCAAAUCCACCACACUUUUUUGGCUGACACAUGAAGACCAAAAAUUCGUGAAAUCUGGAUUGCGUGCGGAGGAACCUGGACGAUAUCCUUAAUCCCCGUUUAGCAACCCAGACAUUUUGUGUCAUUUCUUAGAAAUGAAAUCGGAUCUUAAAGCCAAGUGCCUUUGUUAAUGGCAAUGUUUUGCUUACACUGAGUUCAUCUACUCAAUGGGAAGAUGCGGAGGCACUUCAAGGAAAGUAGGGCUUCCCUUACUUGAGGAGAACCAACAUUGUUGCCACUUUUAAACCUCAUAAGCUGGCGACAGGAAGCAGCAUUCGCCAGAGACGUGGCAGCCUAUCUUUUCCAAACCUGGUGGCCCCUUGACAAGGUGAAGCCUAAUGAAGGGAAUCCUUUUGGGCCAACUGUUAUUUUAUCCAAAGGUGAGCUGUUGGUCGGAAUGUCCGAGUUGUCUUAGGUUUUUGGAGUAAGCUUAUUGAACUCCAGCCUACUUUUUAGAAUCUAACGCAGCUGGAGGUUUGUACAUAUUAGAUAAGGUGAUUAUUUCAUCGAGUUGGCAACUCAACUGCACUCUGUCGUCCUUGAUUGUAAACACGUUAACUGCGCCCUGGUAUACAUCCGUAGGAUUCAGAACUGGGUUUGGAUGUGAUAUCUUCUGAAUUCCAGUUACGUAUUUUAGCACAUUGGGCAUUAUGUGAUUCUGACGCUGGUCGAGGAUCUCAGUGCUUAGUUCUUGGUGCCUACACCAUGUGUAUCAGUGGCGGACUGGAAUUCUUUUUGUAAAGUAACUUUCAUAUUUAAUCAUUGCGUUCCAAAUUCUUAA